AUGGCCUACUACCUUACGGAUGGAAUUUAUCCGAAUUGGGCAACAUUUAUCCAAUCCAUCCCACUUCCUCAAGGUCCUAAAGCAAAGCUAUUUGCUGAACGUCAAGAAUCCACCAGAAAAGAUGUCGAACGGGCUUUUGGAGUAUUGCAAUCGAGGUUUGCAAUUGUUAAAAACACAGCUCUACUAUGGGACAAGGAAAAGAUAGGAAAGGUAAUGAAAACUUGUGUCAUAUUGCACAAUAUGAUAGUAGAGAACGAACGACACGGAUACGCUCAAAUUGAUACAUCUGAGUUCGAGUCAGGAGAGUCAAGCAGAAGUUCGAAGGUGAAAAGGAGAGAAAGUAUCCAUGUCGGUGAUAUGUUAGGCAUUCGCAGAGAAGUUCGAGAUACAGAGAAGCAUGAUCGUUUGAAAGCUGAUUUAAUAGAAAAUAUAUGGCAAAAGUUUGGUAAUGAAGAUGAAUAA